GAAGAUGCGGUUUUUGUGUAGGCGACAACGACUGCGACGUCGGUGUCGCGGGCCGCAGGUCGCAGGCCGUGAGGCAUUGCGGAGGGCCCGGGGCCGGCGGAGGCGUGAGGGGCUGUCACGUGGAGCUCGGGGCGCCGGCGCGGCCGGGCCGCCCGGGCGCGCGGACUCGGCGCUCGGCCGGGCUCGCGGCAUUCCCCUGCCGGCAGCCGGCCGCUCCGCUAUGCGCGCCGCCCCCCGACGCGCCGCGCGCGCCGCGCCUUCGCGCUCAUCGGCCGCAGCGAGCCGGGCCCGGCGCUCGCCCUCGGCCUGCGAGAGUCUCCGCUAGUGGUCGGGUUGUAUGGUGUGUGGCGCCGGGCGGCGGGCGGGAGGGCAGGUGCCGGCGCGCAGGUGCGGCCCGCGCCCGGCCCGGGUCCGCAUUCGCGGCGCGCGGAGGCCUCAUGGAGCCUCCCUGGGAGGUGGAGCUGGAGCUGCGGCACCACAUCGAGAACUGUUCGUGCACCUGCGACCACAUGGGCUACGGAAACUAUAUGGACUACCAGGUGGCGCCGGCGGCUCACGCUUGCCUAUGCCGCGCGAUUACCUCGCCACACGCCCACGCGGCAGUUCCGGAGGGCAUGACGUUCUCCGGUCCGUUGCCGGACGUGGCGGAGCGGUGCGGGCGCUGGGCGCCGGAUUCGCUAUCCGCGUCGGCCUCGGGCAGCUCCGACGAAAAGCCUACGCCGCGGCGCCCGCGCUGGCGUAUCGCGCUCGCGGCGCUGGUCGUGCUAGCUGCGCUCGGCGCCGCGCUGGCCCUCCCGCUCGCGUUGGGCGGCGGCGGCCGUGCCACGCCCGAGCAGAGAAUGACCACCAUACGUCGUAUGCUGCGUGACUCACCACUUGUCGACGGUCAUAAUGAUUUAGCUUGGAAUGUCCGAAAAUUUUUGCACAACAAAAUCGGUGAUUUUAACUUGAGUGCUGGACUCGAGGGCCUCGAGCCGUGGGCGCGGUCGCGCUGGUCGCACACGGACAUUCCGCGCCUGAGGCUCGGGCAGGUCGGCGCUCAGUUUUGGUCGGCGUACGUGCCAUGCGGUGCCCGGGAUCGAGAUGCUGUGCAACUCGCUCUCGAGCAGAUGGAUGUUAUCAAACGCAUUGUAGAGAUGAAUGGCGCUCACCUCGCUCUUGUUACUGAUGCCACGGAAUUACUGGAAGCACAUCGAGAAGGACGGAUAGCUUCUUUAAUUGGUGUAGAAGGCGGUCACGCUCUUGGCGAUUCUUUAGCAGUUCUUCGCGCCUUUUAUCAACUCGGAGCUCGUUAUUUAACCGUAACUCACACGUGCGAUACACGGUGGGCUCGAGCAGCCGGGACAUCAGGCGGGCUUACCGAAUUCGGUAAAGCUGUAGUACGCGAAAUGAAUAGGUUGGGCAUGAUCGUCGAUUUGUCACAUGCGGGCGAAGAAACAGCUAGAGACGCUCUGGAGACGUCGAAAGCGCCUGUUGUAUUUUCUCAUUCGGGAGCAGCAGCCUUGUGCAAUUCGACGAGAAACGUCCCAGAUGAUUUGCUGCGGAAAAUCGCCGAGAACGGUGGAGUGGUUAUGAUUAAUUUCUACGCAAAACUGGUGACGUGUGGUGAGCGAGCGACAGUGGAAGACGUCGUGGCUCAUAUUAAUCACGUGCGGAGCGUGGCGGGCGUCGAACACGUGGGGCUGGGCGCCGGGUACGACGGCAUCGACGCGCCACCCGAGGGGCUGGAAGACGUGUCGCGGUACCCGCACCUGCUGGCCGAGCUGCUGCGCGACCCGGCGUGGAGCGAAGAGGACGUGCGCAAGCUGGCCGGCAUGAACGUGGUGCGCGUGCUGCGGCACGUGGAGCGCGUGCGCGACCAGUGGCGCCGCGCCGCAGUGCUGCCCGGCGAGGAGACGCCCGCCACCGCUCGCCGCGGCGACUGCGUCUACGGGCCCGCGUGACGCAGGCUGCGCGCUGCGUCUAUCCGCGGCCCACCUCGUACUGCUCAAUAUUGACACUUGUUGAACGUAGUUAUACAUGUAUAUUAGUGUCCAAAUGUGAUUUAGAGAUUAAAAUAAUACCAAAAACCUAAUGCACAAAUGUUUAGCUAAGGACCCGCGCGCGCUGGGCGAUUCGUCUCGCGUCGCCCCGCGGUUCUCCGCUCAACUCUUUUCCAUCCACGCACACGACUUCGUUGACGAAAGCCCAAUGCGAUCCGCGAUUUAUAUGAUGUGAGCCAAUGAACAUAUAAAAGGAAUAAUGUGUUUAUAGAAAAAUAAAUAUUCUUUGUUUAUAA